CCAGGGCCCUGCAUCCCCCCUAGCUGGAUCAGCACCUGCUGCUAACUAUAAACCCCAACCGGCCGAGCUCAGACAGGGUAACCUAUGCCAAAACCUAUUCGCAACCUAGAGAGGGGAACCAGGUUGGAAACAGUAAGCCCUUCCCUUGGGCUUGCUUGAAUGGGAGGGGCAGAAUGGAGGGACAGAGAGAGGGGAGAUAGUCAGAAGAAAGAGCUUGAGUGUGAUUCCCCUCUCUGCUUCUUGUAAAGUCAUGGUGAAAACUGUUGGAUGUGUGGAGAUCGUGUCCUACAAACAUGGCCUUGGACUGUUUUACUCUGUUCUACAGAUACUAGGUCCCUAGUUAGAAGUUUGGACUGUUGUUGCUGCUGAGGCGCUAUAUGCUGUGGAUUUAAUAGACAGUUGAUUGGAUGAAGGGUGGCAUUUGAAACACUGAAACUCAAUGCCUGAACUACCCCGUUUUGGGCUGAAGGUACGGGACAGUUUUGAGAACCCCAGGGAAAAAGACUGGCCUGGCCCCUGUGAAGACCUGGUGCCAGUGAAGACCUGGUGCCUGUGGUCUAGCGAUGGACAGCUGGACUCUUAAGGGGGACAGCUACUCCUUCCUGCGCAGCGCACCUCGCACCAUCUCCCUCCGCAACCGAGAAGGCACCCCGAACCACGUGGAGAUCUUCGACAUCACCAACAUACCAAGCCCCCGUUCUGCCAUCUCCGAGACGACCUGUCUGUGUGACAUCUUCGGGGACGAUCGUGACUCCCCCUCCCUCUCUGGCAGUCCCGCAUCUGGGGCUUUCGCUCCCCCUCCCAGGGAGGUGGACCGGGCAGCAGCCGCCUCCCCCCUGGUGGACGACUCCUCGGGCUCCUACCACACAGCCAACGGCUCCAGUGAAGGAGAGGAGGGCUUUGAGGAUCCUAAAGAGAGACUGCGCAGCCCACUGUUGCCAACAGGGAACUCUGAAGGCCAAGAUUCAGAAGGCCACAACCAGACCUCGGAGCAUUCAGGUCUUUCUGAGGAGAUCCCCAAAUUAGAAUCAGCGGCUUCACCGCCGUUACCGCUGUUAAGUACAGAGGGUGCAUCACUUGAGGUCCUAAAUAGGGUUCCCACUUCUAGAACCCCAUCCCCUCGGCCUAACAGCUCCGAGACACUGGAGGGUACAGAAUAUAGAGGGAUAACCUCAUCUCCAUCCUCUUCAUUAUCCUCAAAUCGGACAUCAAGUCCGAGUCGCUCCCCACAGCCUAGUAACCUAAGGGCUAGCUCAUCUUCUAUAGAGUCACAACUCACGCCAUCUUUGCUUGAAUCCAGGGGAUCUCCCAAGAGAAGUAGCUCAUCAAGUGGAUCUCGCAAAAGUAGUCCCUCAUCGGAGCAGCGACCACAAUCAUCCGAUCAUCUAAGGGGAUUGACCCCACCCACAUUUAAUCCCAGGGUCGUCUUCUCUUCAAAUUCAACUUCACGCAGCAGCGUGGACAUCCAUCGGCAGUCAGGCGAAAGAUCGACUACUCCUGAAUCUAGAGAUUAUUCCUACUCCCCUGAUACCCAGGACUGCUCGCCUUUCUCAGAGCUAAGAGGGAGGGUCUCUGUACAUGACCUCUUCAGCAGAGGCUCAACACCUGACAUAGACGACUCUCCCUGCACAUCAACACCUGACAUAGACGGCUCUCCCUGCACACCAGAGCUUAUUUCGUGCACUUCGUUAGCUGGAGGAGACACACCUGAAAACCGAGGCAGCAAGCUGUCUGCUGAGGCCAAGAGUGCUGCGUCCACACCUCUUCCUAGAUACACACCGCCAAGCCCUGUCAGUUCAAUACCCCGCACUCCUGAGUGUAGAGGACCCAGCGUCUCGCCUGCAGUCAGGUUUACCCCCUCACCUGCGCUGUCACUCGGAGUACCACACACUGCUCCCACCCCUGAUUCCCUAUCCCUGGCUCACUCACCUGUGCCAUAUUCACCCCCAUCAUAUAAAGGAAAUAGUGACUGUUGUCCAAAAGAGUCAGACUAUACUAGUUCCUCUCCAGAAAUAAGAGUUACGGCAUCUUCGCCAGAGGUGAGAAGGAGAGAGAAGUCCCUUGAGGAGGAUUUAGCGUUGAACUCUGCAGAUCCCAGCCAGUGCUCCAGAGCCACCACGUGCUCCCCUCACAUUACAGGGCCCUGUUACUCUGUCGUCCAGCCCGAAGACGGCGACACAGCAACAUACACCGAAAUAGCUCACCUUUCAACUUCAGAGCCCAUUUGCAGGAAUCCUCAGUCACCUGAACCCCAGUGCAAGAGCCCAGUCAGGCAGAUAGAUCCCACGACCGCACAAGAAGAGACAACAGUUACAAUAGUUACACCUGACCAAUAUUAUAAAUACAGUGACCCAGAGCCUGAUAACACGGACACUACUGAGUUACCUCAACCAAGGGACAGAUCUUUGUCCCCUGAGCCCCGGAGUUACACACCCUCACCUGAGCUAAGGAAUCAAGGUCCUUCAACUGAGACCAGUCCUUAUAGUCCGAUACCUGAACAAAGGAAUCUCUUUCCAGUACCUGAGAAAAGAGAAGAUACUCUCCCACCUGAACCGAGGUUUCUUGCUCCCUCACCUGGGAAAAUACAUUACACUCGCUCACCUGAACCAAUACAUUUUGAGACACAACCUUCCCCCUCACCUGAGUCAAGGAGUCAAAAAGUUGAACUGUAUAAUAACUCACCCAAACCAAGUGAUAUUCUGCCAUCACCUGAGAGAAGGCAACUUGCUCCAUCACCUCAACAAAGGAACCUCCGUUUGUCAUCUGAAAAAAUACAAAUUCCUCCUUCACCUAAACCAAGGGAUCUUACUCCAUCACCUGAGAAAAGACAAAAAACUCCCUCACCUCAACCGAGGAACCUCGCUCCAUCACCUGAGAAAAGACAUCUUACUCCAUCACCUCAACAAAGGGAUCUUACUUCAUCAACUGAGAAAAGACAACUUACUCCCUCACCUCAACUGAGGGAUCCUACUCAAUCACCUGAGAAAAGUCUGUUUAAUCCCUCACCUCAACCGAGGUAUCCUACUCCAUCGCCUGUGAACAUACAUUACACCUCCUCACCUGAGCCAAUAAAUUUUGCUCCAUCACCGUUAGACAUACACUAUUCACCCAUGUGUGAACCAAAAGAUAAUGUUUUCUCACCCAAGGAGAAAGGGCAAACUCAAUCGCCUGGCCUUAUACAUAACCCUUCCUCACCUGUGUCAAGCCUCCUUGUUCCAUCACCUGAACCAACCUUUCGCAAUCUCUCACCUGAACGGAGAUAUCAAUCUAUAUCCCCUGCAUCAAGACGUCAUAUUACAUUGCCUGAUCCACCACGUCCAACUGUUUCUCCUGAGUCAAGAAUUAACCAGUCCUUACCGGACAUAAGUUAUCAGAAUCUCUCACCUGACACGAGAUACCACACUCCUUCACCGAGAGAUCUUGUAUCCUCACACAAGUCAAGUCUUCCCUCUCCUGUCCCUGGAGCAGAGCAACUGACUCCUUCACCUCAGCCCAGCCACAUUUCUCAUCCACCUAGUUCAAGGCACCAGAGCCCUCAGAUAACCGACUCAAAUGCUUUGAGUAAGUCACCUGAAUACAGCAUUGGACAACCAUCCCCUACGGGAUCCCCCUUGCACAACGUUGAUCCUUUCUCUACCCCAGAACUCUCUCUUUUUCCUCAAGACACACCCGAAAUGGGAGAGUCUUCCCUUUCAGAUAUAUCAAACUACAGCCAAAGAGCAGUAGAUCGCAAAUCAGCACCACUUGAAACAAAUAGUGUUGUCAAGCCACCUGGAGAGAGAAAAUCUAGUAGAACACCAGAACAACACUGUGAACCGAGCGAAAUCACACCAGAGAAAACAUACCCUCAAAGUGUACAAAGCAAUUAUUUUAAUCAGAAGGAAGACCACCAUUGGAAUCCCCCGAUUGAAAUGCAGAGCCCUUUUCACGGUCUACCAGUCUCUACUGUUGACGGACAGCCAGACACCUUACUUGCCCGCCAGACUGCGGGUAUCUCACCUGUCCGUCAAGGGAAACAUCCAAAGCCUAAAUUUCCAAUUAACUCCAGAAGAUCUGAUAGAAAUAUCGAAAAUAAAAAUUCUGAAACAUCUCGCACGCCUGACUACCCAAGAAAACAGCCAACCACCAAAGUUGUAAUUCUAAGCAGAGAGGAGCCGGCAGAGGACACGGCCCGUCAUGGGAGCAAAAGGAGAACUCCCUCACCCCCGAUCACACGGUUUACCCCUGUACACAUUAUAGCCCCAGAGAAACCCUACAGACUGUGGCAGAACAGGUGUCGGAGCCCCCCACAAGCUGCAGCAUCGACACUAACUGACAAUUCCAAGAAUCAGAUGGCAAAAUGGGGAAGCCCCGGUGAAACGUGUAGAAACAGCAAUAACCAAGACGAUUGGCUGGGGCAGAAUAGGCACAUGGGGAUUGUGGGGGAAAUUUCUUUGGAGGCGGAGCGCAAAAGGGGGACAGAUCCUGGGAGAGAACAACACAAGUGUACCAGGAAGGAGAUGGAGAGUGAGAGGAAGAGGGAGGAGCGACUGCAGGAAAAGAAGGAGGGUACGAAGGCACAUGCCAGCUACAGGGGGCAACAGGUUGAGCUGUCAUUCAGUGCCAGAAAUAGAAAAGGGCCUGAGAGUCACAGUGCGGCGUCCACAGGCAAACAGACCAGUAAGGGAAUGCCAACAGCCCACUCCUAUUCAGAGAGGUUGCCUGCCACGAGACAGCCACAGCAACAACAGAGAAGAGGAGGUCCCGCCCGGAGGCUACAGCCUUCUGUGGCCCAGAACAUGAACGUUGCUACUGGACGUGUUUCUAAAAACAGGCCCCGCCAGAGUUCUAGCUCCAGCAUUGGAAGCGAGCAAGACGAGGCAGACAGUGAGGUGAAGUGGUUUACCGAUGGCGCUUUCCACAGUCUGUCAAGCCCUGAGAUUGACUACCUGGAUAUGUACAACUCUAGUCACCGAUCCUCCACCAAUAUUUCCCAACCAUCUACCCAGGAAAGCCCAGCGGGAGCUAGUGCAUCUCUGCUAGCCUAUGCUGACUUCAGGGGGUCCGGACAAAGACUGGACAACGAAGACUUUCCAUUCCAACCUACUACAUAUUACUCAGAUGGCCUAGACCCAGCUAAGCGCUAUGAAAUGGGCAGCUUUGAGUGUGUGGAUGUUGCAGUGGAAAGAGAAGAACCUAGGAAGGCUAGGAGAGGAGUUCCCAAAAGACAGAUCCAGCUGAAGAGAAAGAACACCCUUGAAUCGAGGCAAGAUGAGAGCAGUGAGAAUGGCAGCCCUGUUGUUCCAGGGAUGGCUGACAGUCCCUCAUUCCGGGGAUCCCUCAAAGAGACUUUGCUGAGACAGCACAGCACACCAGUGACAAUGCAUGAGCCCUACCCUUGUGAACUGAGCACAGACAUACAAGAAUACAACAACAAAACAUUUAAACUUCAGAAGUCAACUUCACUUGAUGAGACGCAUCCCAAAACCAAGAUGGCCACUUGCCUUAUCAAGAGUGUGCUGUCUAAGAAGAUGCAAGGCGUUGAUUCUUCCCAUGAGGAAAAAACAUCAUCAUCUGUUCAAGUGGAGGACACACUGGAAAAGUCAACCGAAAAGGAUACACUGAAUCUGAGUUCCAGCCUCAAGUCACAAUGCAGCCUUUUAUCUGCCGAUCCUGCUGCAGGAACCGAAUCAAACACAAUGGCUUCCGAUCAGCACUUUGCCGGUAAAAGGUCAAGUCCAAAUGAGAGGACUGGAAUGAGGUCGGAACUCAUGGUUCCAUUCAGAAGACAAGCAGAUGGCUGUGAAAGAGAGGAAGAAAGAGCAGCAAGCAAGUCAGCAAGUACCACUGUCGGGAAUAAAGGAGUUCAUUUUGCUACUGGAUCAAACAGCCACAUGGAAGCCAGGCAGGAACAGGAAUACAGAAUCCCUAGCCCAGAGAUCACAGAUGGUCUUGACAAAAAGAAGUCUUCUCUAAAUGUCUCCCUUACACCAGAAUUGGAUAUUAAACCAGAUUUGCAUUGUGAAGUUCCAUCCCCAGAAUCAUCACCAAAGCCAUCGUUCAAGGAGAAUGAGGAAAAGGGAGAGUCCCCAAUAGAUAUGAAGACAGAGGAGGGAGAUGUAAAUGGAAACAAUAAAGUCAAAGUGCCAAUGCACAAAGUAAGAGAUGUGCGAAGGCUGGUAAAAAACACAUAUAACCUGUCAUUCAAGGCAAGCAGUGCUACGACACCUUCACCUAAAAUGGAAGAAAAUGUAGAAAAUGAGGAGAUAUAUCAGGACAGGAGGGAGGAAAUAACUGAGGAAAGAAAGGUGAGUAAACACGGUAUAUUGGAAGCAGGGCGAGAGGACAGGAGGAAGGAGAUAACACAGGUAAGCAAAAAAGUAAUGACAGACAAACAGAGAAGGGAGCUGAGAGGGGACAGGUUGGAGGAGCCGAAGGUGGAGGGAAGAGAUGCAGAGCACCCGACAUCAUCAGCCACUCCACCGGAACAAAAGGGAAGGUCUCGGUACCACUCACAGCCAAUGCAGAUAGAGUGUAAAGCAGUGUGUUUGAAGGAGGACAAGGAAAAAAAGACACCCAGCAGAAUGGAAGAAGGCAAACGUGGAGAGCAACGGCAGGCCCCUGCACAGCUGUCUGUUGCAGAGGCCACCAAGCCAGAAGGUUACUUAUGUGGAGGCCCAGAGAGUCACAUGACCGAUCAGACAACAACAUCAAAGCCACGUGAGUCUGAUGCUAAUAAAGAGCCGAAAGAAGAUAGCCUUGAAGCAAGAAAUAACACAACACCAGUUGAGGCUAAACCUGAGACAGCCAGAAGAUACAAGAAACCUCCCUUGCUGGGAAGUCUGCCUAAAUUACCGAGUAAGGAACGAGAGGUUUCCACCGCUGUAGUUGUGAUAAGAGAUGGGUUCAGUAAACACAAGACUGUCCAGGAUGAGAGACCCAUGGAAGCCACAGCCUCAAACAGCGAGAGCAGCGGCCAUGCGGUGUCCAUGUUGCUCAAGGAGAAGGGCUACCAAGCCGAGAUUGGAGCAGUAUUGAAUGAGGGAGAACCAAACACAGUUGGAGGUAAGGGGAUGCCUCAUAAGCAUGUGAACCGACUGGAGAUUCCUUUGCAGAUCUGCUCAACUUCGGAAGGUGGCGUGUCAGAGUCACGAAGAGAAAGGACCUUCUCCACCUCCUCUACCAAGUCCAUCCCCACGACAGAAACUCCACCAUUAAUGGGUGUAGAGGAGAGUGUGAGAGACUCUGCACAGCAAAAUAUUGAAACUCCUUUGAGAAAUACAGGGAGGCAAACAGUAACACCACCAAUCAAAGAUUUAGAUUCUUUGAAAAGACAAGAUCCGAUUUUUCCACCAAGAUCCCCUGCCUUGAGAUAUAAACCUCAGCAAAUCGAGGUGAAGUCUCUGUCAAAAGAACAAAAUACAUCCACAAACAAAAAAUCUCAAUCAAUAGAGGUCAAAUCUAUAUCAAACAAUCAAAUAAAACCAGCGGUGCCACCAAAGCCUAACUACAAAUUCAAACCACCUGAUUCAGGCCCACUGCCAAACGAUUCGCAAACUCCAGCUGAGAGAUCUCAAACAAUAGUAGUCUCCUCACCAACCAUCUAUAGAAAACUCUCCAGUGACAGCACACCAGCUUCCAACUAUACAAGAAAACUAGCUGUGUCUGCUGUCUCUAGCUGUAGACCGCCGCAGAACAAAACGACAACAACUGUUUCGAGUCAGUCCAACUCAUCAGCAUUAUCUGAUAAAGAUCAGCCCAACAACAGAGCUCAUCAUCCCCGGGCCUCACCUCAAAGCACCAGUGAUGCACAGAGUUCCACAGCUUUUGCCCCUGCUUCAGUAUCAGCCACAAACCCAGUGACAAACUCAGACCCGGGUCUGAUUCAUGGUCCAAACGUAAGCCAAAUCUCUGGAUCUUCCUCGACUGUUGCCAGCGGGUCAGGGCAGUCAGCUGUUGUGGAUCUGAAUAGUCAACCACAGUUUUCCAGAAGCACAUUAGCUCAUGAUCAAGUAAGGACUGUGACCUCUAACUAUGAGAAACAACCCACUGUGGUAUCCACAACACGAGUGCCACAAUAUUCUCACGAACAAAGGCCUUUCCAAAGGUCCUUAUCCAGUGAGCAAUCCCAGAGAGCAGACGACCUGCGUUUCUACUGUUCAGAUGACCCGCCAAGCUACGACGAAAGGGAGAGUUUCAGUCCGCUUCUGCUGCAAGGUUUGACCCCAAAGAAGCCAAACCGCUACUUCGCCGCCCCCCGUCCUCCCCCAUGCUCUUGCACCUCUGGAUGUCCCUCCCACACUGGUCUCACUCCUCCACACCGUCACCACAGCCCCCACAACCACACCCCUCCGGCGUCCGCUCACUCCCCAGGCCACCCUCACCCUUACCCCAUAGCACCACCUCCCCUCCGACCCCACCAGUGCAGAGCUGAACCUCCACCUAUGUGCUACCAGCCUGGCUCUCCUAAAUCGAGUCCCCUGGGUCCCGGCCCGCCUCCGACCAUGUACCACCCCCUCAACCAGCCUCCUUCCUACCCUCCCCACCCCUCUCUCAUGCAACCCUGUGCCCCGGAACGCCCCCUGCAGCCACACCAGCACAUGGAGCCCAGACGGCCCUCACUACAGCGCUCUUCUCAGCAGCAACAACAGCAGCAGCCUGGAAUGAGUGUGGCUCCCUAUGGCGACCAUGGCCACGGACACUCCCCUGGCCUGGCACAUCUGGAUUCACAAUACAUGUGUGGCCCUCAGGGCAUGGGGCCCUCCUAUGGCUCCGAGUACGAGGGCGACGGCUCCAGCAUGUACUCUGAAGGUAGCUUCGGGCAAACGCCUCGAAGGAUGCUGAUGGACCCGGAGACGGGGAAGUAUUUCUACAUCGAGGUCCCUGUGCAGCCGUUGAGGAAGAUGCUGUUCGACCCGGAGACCGGCCAGUAUGUGGAGGUGCUGAUCCCGCAGCAGUCCAUGUCGCAUUCGGGCAUGUAUCCGCCCACCGCGGCCCCUUACCCAUCCUUGCACAACCCUAACAUGUAUGCCCCCGCGCCACAGUAUAUGCAGCCCUAUGCGGCGCCACCGCCACCCCAUCCCCAGACUCAGCCUCCACCUCCCCCCCGCCUCCCUGACAGCUCCGCCGCCACAGCCCUGCACCCGAACGGGGCAGGGGUCGUCUACGGAGGUCCCCCCGGUCAGGGGUCCAAGAUGGACCCCCAGACCCAUCAACCACUUGACCAGGGCUAUCUAGAGGGCAUGUAUUAUGUCCCUACUGGUAUGAAUGCAAGUCCCAAUCCCCCCCCACCAGACUUCUACCACAAACAUUCCCCCGGCCCCCACUCCGGGGCAGGGGGGAAGAGGUCCUGAAAUAGAGGUUAGAGGCCGCCUUCCUGGAGCCUGUUGGGAUUUAAAUACACUGUGCAUAAUGGAUGGCUGCCUAAUCAUAGCCUGUAAUCUAAUCAGGUUUUCACACAGCAAGUGUUAUUUGUUUGUCAUUCUCUUUGCUGCUUAUAUUAUAAUGCACUGCUUAACUUUGGAAUAAUGUGACUAUUUUAUGUUUAGUCCUUUUGAUAUGGGAGCCACCCUUUUAUACAAUAUGUUAUUAGCUUAAGUUAGUGAAUGGUGGAUCUGAAUGUCUAUCAAUUAAUUAUUAGUGCACAUUUCGGUGUUACACAACUAUUUACUUGUUUAAAUGUGUUUACUUCAAGACAGAUCUAUCACAGUUGAAAAUACUUUCUCAAGAAUAAUGGAAUAUUUAUGUAUUUGUAUUUUGUUGUAUUUUGUUUCUCCGAAUUUGGAAUUUGAGUUUAUGCACAUGUCUACCAGAAUAAUGCAAAUAAAAUAAGACAAAACAAUAACUUUAUAUCUGGUUUCAUGUAUUCAGUACAGUAGCAAUACAUUAAAUAAUGGGACAAUCAAUUAUUUACUACUAAAGCAUCUAAAAUAAAAACUCAUAAACAGGGAGACGCUUUAAUUAACCAUGGAUUAAUCCCCUUUUAUAAACCUCUGAGUUAUCUCAUCAGUUACUGCUUCAAUUCCAUCUGAAACCCAGAGACUAGUGAUUAAAGUUAAUGGCAACAU